AUGUCGUUUCCGGUCUACGCGGAUACCUACCAGAUUUCUGGGAGGAAUUAUCGGAGGAAUCCGUUUUCCGGAGCAGCCCCGGUCCAACCUCCAAUCGGCAAUGGCGACACGGCCGACCUGUACGAAGACGACGCCGAUGAGGACGAGCUCCUCGAUUGUCUCCCUGCUAUCCCCAAAAUUGGCGCGCCCGACGAGCUGGAAGAAGCUGAAGACGCUGCGGGACCAGCUGCAUACCAGGCUCCGGCUCAGCCCGAACCCAUGCCAUCAUCCUCCGUACAACCGCCAAUAGCAGCCAUGGCACCGCCGCCGGGUUUUGAAAAGAAAGUCGUCACGGCGACCAAGAAGGAAAAGCAGCAAAAGCCAGAAAAGCCAAAGCAGCCAGCUUCUGAAGCUCAACCAGCCGAAGCUGCCGUUGCUGACGUAUGGAUUCGCUGUGAAGAGGAUGUGAGAAUCGAGCAGUCGGGCCAGAAAUUUAGGGCUAGGCUUGAAGUAGCUUCCGCUUUCCACGGCCGCCUGAUCGGUUUCCGGGGAACGAUCCUGAAAGAAAUGGAGGCCAGCACGAGGUGUCGCAUUCGGAUCCCGAACAAGAAUGAGGGCAGUGAUUUGAUUGACAUUUCUUCGACCGUCGGAAUUGAGAGUGUACAGCGUUGCUUGGAUCGAAUUGACAUCAUCGUGAUCAAGGCACGCAAAGAGUCACGUCCCACCCACUUCCUGGCGCUGCCGAUGAAUACACCGGAAAUCCUCGAAGGCUACGAUUAUUUUAAGAGGACCGUCAAGGCGAUGCCGGAAAUUUCGGACGUAUGCAAGGACGAGAAGCUCUACAUGAUUCCCGCCAAGCUCCACCUGACUCUCGCCGUUGUGCGCCUAUUUACAAAAGACGAAAAGGCCCAAGCAGCUGCCGCGUUGGCAAUGGCUGGCGAGAGGAUUAGAAAACUAUACGGCCGCACCACGCUGAAAGUGAGCAUCGCUGGGCUGCAGAUCAUGAACGACGACCCGACGCAGGUCAACGUGCUCUACGCCGGGGUUCGGGGCGAAAAGGUGCAAGAGGUGGCGAAUCUGGUGCGUGACGUCUUCGUCGAGCAGGGCCUUUGCGAGCCCGACAAAUCGGACGUGAAGCUGCACAUGACGCUGAUGAAUAGCCGGUACUUGGCCGAGGAAACCAACUCGAGACGCACAAACUUUGACGCGAAGGCCCUUCUCGAUGAGAUGAGCGAUUUCUGGUUCGGGGACGUCACCUCGGAUAAAAUUCACCUCUGCGCAAUGUCAACGGUCGGCGCCGACGGUUUUUACGAGAGCAUCGAAACGCUGAGCAUUGCU